AUGCAGGACCGUUCCUGCUACAAACUGACACAGGAAGGAGAACGUCUUUUUCGUAUGCAAAAAUAUGAGCAAGGCAUCGAUCUAUUGAAAAAAGCGUUGGAAGUAGGAACAGAUGAUUUUUCACUGCUGUCCGCUAUUUAUUGUCAACUCGGAAAUGCGCACACCAUGCUCAAAGACUAUGAGCAAGCCCUCAAGUUUCACACUUAUGAUAUUCUAGUCGAGAGAUUGCUUGGAAACAAAGAAGGAGAGGCAAAAUCAUGUGCAAAUUUGGGAAAUAUAUUCAAAAUGAAAGGAGCGUACAACGACGCGCUCACUUUCACUUUCAAACAACUGGAUUUCGCCGAGGAGCUUGGAGAUAAAGUUCUAAAAUCUCGAGCAUAUUACAAUAUCGCAACAAUCUAUGUUGAACGUGGACGCUGCACCAAACUUGAAGCGGCCGAGGAGAAGAACGAAGCGAAGAACGUCGAAGCCACUUCUGAUUUUGAGAACGCUGCUAAAUACUUCAAGUUGAAUCUGGAAGUAGCUGAACAGUUGGAGGAUGCAUUGACAAUGGGCAGAUGCUACGGUAGCUUAGGCAACACUUUUUAUUGUCUUGGAGACUACGAUCAAUCUAUUCACUUUCAUAAGCUUAGACUUGAAUUAUCCCAACAAUACGGAGAUAGAGCAUCAAUGCGACGGGCUCAUGCUAAUAUCGCAAAUUGUCACGCGUUGAAAUCGAACAUGCCUCUGGCUAUUCAGCAUUAUAAACUGGCUUACAACCUGGCUAUGGAAAUAGGCAACAAGACCGAGGAGGCUCAAAUGGCUUACUCGCUGGCCAACGCCCUCUACAUCGGAAAAGAAGUCCAGAAAGCUAUCACCUACUUCCAACGUCAUCUCAAAAUUGCCCGAAGCUUGGAAGACAUCUCCGGACAGUUAAGAUCAUACUAUUCACUCGCUUUGUCAUUCAACAAUCUUUGUGAACGACGCAAAGCACUUUAUUUCUUGGUCCUUGCUAAGAGGAGCUCUCUUCAGGUUAACGACACGAGUGCCAUCACUGACAUUGAUAACUUGCUCAACGAAAUUCUGGAGGCCGGACAGGAAGACGUGCUGAUAGACGAUAUUGAACUCAUAAUCGACCAGUCAGCCGACCCAGCUCCAGCUGACAUUGAGCAUCGUGAGAUUCGUCUCACCUACUUCCAGAAGAGAAAUAUUAACGACAGACCAGUGAACACACCCGAGGAUCCUCUUGCAGAGGAUCGCUACGAGAAGGAGGAGUUCUUUGAUAUGCUUGCAAAGCUGCAAUCAAAAAGAAUGAACGACCAACGUGUAGAUGCUUCCGUUCUCAACACAAACAUUGACUUCAGAGUUCGACAAACCGACACAGAACCGGACAACUCUUCAACUGAUGGUUCGGAAGUUCUGAUUGAUCUGAUUCUGAACGCUCAAGAACGUAGAAUGGACGACCAAAGGGCUCCAUUCCUGCCAGGACUCAAUCCAAACGGCCAAAUUAUUCUUCGCCGUCUCAACACUGAUCCCGGAAACGAGGAGCUAGACGACCAUUUGGUUGAGUGGCUCAUGCGUGUUCAGAGCCAACGACUUGACGAGCAGCGUAGUGAGCUACCACCAAUCAAGCCAGAAGGGCAGGAAGAACUCGAUAAAAAGAAAGAGGAAGACGUGACUGCCAUUGUCAUGCGUAUGCAAGCCGGUCGUCUAGAGGACCAGAGAGCACAUCUCCCAAAUAUCCCAACUACUAAGAACUAA